AUUCACAUUUCCAACGCCCUUCACAUCCGCCACACCUUUCGCGACAGCUUCGCAAAAAAGCUCGCGCUGAUCAGCCUGAUUCCCGAGAGUGACAUGACCGCGUAGGUUGUCGUCAGGUCCCUGACCUAUCACGUCCUCGCAAAGCCAUGGCGACCACUCAGACGAGCACUGCCCUCCAAGCAGGCAAUGUCUUUGCUACGAGGCCAAGCUUGAACACCACCACCAGCACGACCGCGACAGCGACCGCGACAUCUCCGACCAAACCGACAGAGCAGCGCACACGCCCGUACAAAGACUUCCUCACCCCCGCCCUGCACCGCCGCUUCACCCGCGCCGCCCUCCUGACCCUUGCCGCUUGUUACCUCACCUCCAUCCUCAUCCGCCGACCAAGUCUCCUCUGGAUAUGGAAUCCCUUCUCCCUCACCGGUAUCCGUGCACUGCUGCUCUUCCUACCAUGCCUCGCAGUCUUCAUCGUGCGCGUCUCGAAUAUGCACAUUGGCCCUGUGACCACGGGAAGCAAGAUCGAUACCGUGUGGCAGACUAUCACAAGCUGGAAGAGCGCGCACACCCUGGCAUGGUUCAUGUGGAGCGCGUGGUUCUUUGGCGAGGUCUAUCUGUGGAGUCAGGGACCGGAUGCUCACCUCGAAUGGGUGGACCGCGGGAGGAAGUUCGAGGAAGACGUGUGGGAAUGGCCCAUCCUGAACGAGAGCCCGCUCUUUCUCCGCUUUGUGUGGUUGUGGCUGGCUCUCUUGCAAACAAGCGCGCAUCUCCUGAGGGAUGAGGAUGGCCUGUCAAUUCCCCAGAAGGACGAAGACUGGACGAAGAAGGCAGCAUCGAAACUCCCUGAGCCUCUUCAAGAGCUUCGGGAGCGCAUGCCCAGAAUCCUCAUCCACACCUUUCAGCUCCUCUGUGGCUUGGUCGUGGCGGUCCCUAUCUACUGGCUCUUCAUCCGCAAGAGCAUAUGGCCUUGGUUCUCCGUCUUCGCCGGUCUCUUCUUCUCCGGGCUAUCUUCGGACUCGUCGCCUCCGGGCCCCAAACACCAGGGGUCGCUGUCCAUCCACACCUUCGCAUCCUCGAUUCUUUUGAUUACCCUGUGGAACAUUUCCAACGCCGUCUUUACAAUCUUUGUGAUUCAACCGCCAUUGAGGAGGGAGCAGCCUCUGACGACGGAAAUGAAAGACGCGCAGGGCAACAUAUCGACGAGGAGUCGAGAUCCGAACGGCAGCUUGCUGAAUGGGCUCAAAAGUAAAAAGGAAGUUACAAAGGCUUUCGCAUUUUGGGAGCUGUGUGUAAUCUGCGAGAAGUUCGAGGCCAGAAGAAAGACCAUCUACACUGAUGUAGAUCGAAAAGAGGGCAGUACAUGGGCACAGAUUUCCAAGUACUGUCUCGGCGAGCUGGACACGAUACAGGCACGAAUCGACAAAGCGCAAGCACCAUCUGCAGCAUCAGCGGCGCAACACGAAGGCACCAGCACAGCACGAGAAGAGCCACGCGGCCUGCCAAAGAUUGCCAACCGGGGUGUAGUGGAGAAUGGAAACGUGCUUCAGAAGCCGGCCAAGGCAGACUUUGCGCAGCACAUCGGCAAUGCAGCCAAAUCGAUUGGCCAGAGUCCCGAUACGACGCACGUAGUGCAAGCCCGCGCACGCAAAGCAAUCGAGUGGGGCGCCGACCGCCUCCUCUCCAAAAGCGAGCAGCAACAGCUCACUCGACAGAAUCUCGCAAGCGAAGCCAACAGCACCAUCACCCGAGUCUUACAGAGUCCGGUUGGCGAGCCUUUCCGGAAAACCUUUGACCGCAAAGUCAGUCUGGUGGUUUUGGGGACCGCACCGCAUGGCAACCGCGCCAAUAUUGUGCACGCUUCUCGCGCGCUCAGCGCCCUCUGCGUCAACAGUCUGAAAGAGGAUGACUACGGCCAAGUCGCUCGCAGUAUUCCAAUUGUACUGCGCACGUACACCGCCGCCAUCACCGCCGUGUCGACUUUCGUGGCUGGAGUGGCGCCGCAUUGGACGGACGUGGAGUUUCGGCAGCGGGAUCGAAGAGUGAAGGACGUGGACGAGGUGGUGCUUGUGUUGAAAGCGGGACUUGAAGGCAUUCUCCUGGCCUUUGGGGAGUACGCCGAUGCUGUUGGGGUUACGAAACGGGAGUUGAGAGAAGCGAGGGAGGCGGUUGGACGAGGAGCGGAGAUGAGGAAGGUGUGAUGUGUUGGAUGUAGACUACUGUAUCAAAAGCACA